AUGGCUCUGGGCAUCUCCGAUCCCGACUUCUGGACUCGAGCGCUCCAGUUCACUCCAACAAUCCACCGGGACAUCUAUCCAGCCAUUGCGCCAGAAUCUGACAGGGCACGAAGGGUCGCAACAGAUAAGGUCGUAGUUGUGACUGGUGCAGGUAGCGGAUUUGGCAAGGGGGCUUGUCUGCAAUGGGCAAGAUCCAGUGCUAAGGCUAUUGUCCUCGCUGGGCGGCGGCGGGCUCAGCUUGACGAGGUGGUGUCGGAUAUCGCUGCUUCGUCAUCCACGACUCAGACAACGGCUGUGCAGUGCGACGUCUCAAAUUAUGAUGAAGUGAAGACCUUGUUUGAAACUGCUGCCCAGAGUUACGGCAAGGUAGAUGUCCUUGUGCACGCUGCUGGGGUUCUAGGCCCAGUCACCAAUGUUGGCGAUGCGCCGGUUGAUGAGUGGUGGAGUGCCUUUGAGAUCAAUGCGAAAGGUGCAUUCCUUGUUGCUCGCGAACUGGUAAGACAGAACGAAGCGGCCACCUUCAUCAAUACCGGCACAGCGGCCUCGUACUUUGCGAAUCCGGGACAAUCAUCCUAUACAAUGUCUAAAUUGGCGGUGAAUAUGCUGCUUGAACAGUUGAACGCUGAAUAUUCCAAUCUGAGAGUCUUCAACGUCCAUCCGGGCAUGGCGAAGAGUAGCGUCCUAAGGCCAGAGCUGGAGAUCUACGCAAAGGACACUCCCGAAUUAUUUGGAUCAACUACGGUCUGGCUUGCGGGUGAGGAAGCCGAAUUCUUACGCGGUCGCUUUGUGGCAGUGAACUGGGACGUCGACGAACUUGUACAGCAUCAGAAGGAGAUUGUCGAGGAGGGACUUCUGAAAAGUCAGCCUUUCAAAGGCAACAUCGGAUCCGGGGGCCAUUUCCGGUCUUGA